GGCACUAACUGGCAGCACUGCUGGGCAUUGACUGGCACAACCGCUGGGCACUGACUGGUGGCACUGACUGGCAGCACUGCUAGGCUGCACUGAUGGGCACUGGUGGGCACAGGUGGGUGGCACUGGUGGCACAGGUGGGUGGGCAUAGGUGUGUGGCACUGCUGGGCACAGGUAGGUGGCACUUCUGGGCACAGGUGUGUGGCACUGCUGGGUGGCACAGGUGGGUGCACUGCUGGGCACAGGAGGGUGCACUCCUAUGCAUAGGUAGGCUGGCUUGUGCUGCUCCAUGUGCUGGCAUCCAUAUUAGGUGUCUGCAAAGCAUUGUGGGA